GGGACCACCGAGCGCUUUUCAAGCAGGCGAUGCGCCAUUGGGAGAACCACACGUGCAUAAAGUUCGUGGAGCGUGGAAUGGAGCACCAACACUACAUCGUCUUCACCGAGAGGCCCUGCGGAUGCUGCUCGUUCGUCGGAAAGCGGGGCAACGGGGCACAGGCCAUCUCUAUCGGCAAGAACUGCGACAAGUUCGGCAUCGUGGUGCACGAGCUAGGCCACGUGGUCGGCUUUUGGCACGAGCACACGCGGCCUGACCGCGACCAACACGUCGACAUUGUCACCCGCAACAUCAUGACCGGCCAGGAGUACAACUUCAACAAGCUCACCGAGGAGGAGGCGAGUAAACACUACUGCACCUGUUGGAUGCAGGAGGACGUAUACCCGUUCGGUCUUGAUGACAUAACGCAUCUUCUUUACUAUUCGACAGCAAAAGCAGUCAUCGCGACCACGGAGAUGAAGAAGGGGGCAACUGCAAGGCAGACACACCACUGGUGCCACGCAUGCUCAGAUGGGGUCAAUUCGUUGGGCCUGGCGUACGACUUCGAGUCCAUCAUGCACUACGCGCGCAACACGUUUUCAAAGAGCACGCACCUGGACACCAUCCUGCCGCAGGAGAAUGCCACCACAAGGCACCGGCCGGAGAUCGGCCAGCGGGUGCGCCUGUCGCCCGGCGACAUAUCGCAGACCAACAGGCUCUACAAGUGCCCAC